CAUUCUCUCCAGAGAUUACCUCUAAUAAGAAGGCUUGUAUUUAUAGAAGGGCUGCUCUCUGUGUACCCCGUCACAGUGCUGCCUGCCCCAGUUUCCUCCCUGCUUUUCCACGCCGCUUCUGCCUUCCCCACAUCAACUCAGAUAAGAAAAUCAAACAACGAUGUCCACUAGUGAGCGCUUUGACUGCCAUUACUGCAAAGACUCACUGCUGGGAAAGAAGUACAUAAUGAAAGACGACACGCAGUACUGCACAAAGUGCUAUGAGAACUUAUUUGCUAACUGCUGCGAGGAGUGCUCCACACCCAUUGGCUGUAACAGCAAGGAUCUGUCCUAUAAAGAUCGUCACUGGCACGAGCAGUGCUUCAAGUGUGCAAAGUGCAGCCGCUCACUGGCAGACAAAGCCUUCGCUGCUAGAGACGACUUGUUGCUCUGCACCGAGUGUUACGCACACGAUUACUCCUCCAAAUGCAUCACCUGCAAGAAAACCAUUUUGCCAGGCUCUCGAAAAAUGGAGUACAAGGGGAACAGCUGGCAUGAGACCUGCUUCCUGUGCCACCGCUGCCAGCAGCCAAUGGGAACCAAGUCCUUCAUUCCCAAAGACAAUGGCUACUUCUGUGUUCCCUGUUUUGAAAAGCAGUUUGCAUACCAGUGCUGCGCCUGCAAGAAGGCCAUAACGACAGGUGGAGUGACUUAUCAAGACAAGCCGUGGCACAGAGAGUGUUUCCUCUGCAUUGGCUGUAAAAGGCAGCUUUCAGGACAGCGCUUUACUUCCAGAGAAAAUUACCCAUAUUGCCUUGAGUGCUUUAGCAACCUCUAUGCAAAGAAGUGUGUUGGCUGCACCAAGCCCAUUACUAGUGAGUCACAGCUCAUGUUUAUACACUCAUUUGGCUCUCAUUCUCAUUUGUAUAAGAACUGUCAGAAAAAAAAAAAAAAAAAUCUAACAAAAAUGUUUCAAAUUCUUUCUUUUGUGCGUUUGCAGGUUUGGCAGGGGCUAAAUAUAUCUCCUUUGAGGAGCGCCAGUGGCACAGCGAGUGCUUCAACUGCAUGCAGUGCUCCGUGUCACUAGUGGGACGUGGCUUUCUCACCCAGCGCGAUGACAUUCUGUGCACAGAGUGUGGGAGGGAGAAGUGAAAUCUCAGUGGUUGUUGGUCCAUUUCCACCACUGUGCACAACAAAAAAACUUCAGCUUUGCUUAGACGAAUGUUGUUCCCUUAAAGACCCACUCCUCCGAUCAUCAGUUGGUCUGAUAAUUUUAAUUAUUCCGUUUUUAACCCAAAUCAAAAAAAUAGUUUUCUAGGUCAUAGAUUUUGCAGAGCAGCAGUGGCUUUUAUAUCCCACCCGCUUACAACUUACUCACACUCCAACCGAACAUUCUAUAACAAGUGUAAUCUGUUUUUAAACAACAUUUUUCUAAUUUACAAUUUGCAUAAAGACAUUUCCAGAAAUUCAAUUUUAAUCUUAAUUUUCUCUAUAUAUGUCCUCCAUCAUGAGAAAACUGCCACAAGAACAUGUUAGAAACACAAACACAAAUUCUGUACCUAUUAAAAUGUUUGAUUUUUAUGUCAUAAACUCAUCAGCAAGUUCAACUCUGACUGGAUUUUAAAAUGUCCCAGUGAGAACCCACAAUUCAAUCUGAUUGAGUUGCAGGAAAAUCUUCACAUGUAAUUAACAUGAAAAUUGUGGACAGCAAUGCAAAAAAAACGUGUUCAUAAAAGCAGUUUUUCCCAUUCAAAAAUAAAAUCCUUGUUUGAAAAUUGCAUUUUGCAUAAAACGUCAUUAUUUGUUAUCAUUUCAUUGAUGACCUGCAUCAGGAAUCUGCAACAUGCAGCUCUUUUUUCCUUCUAUUGCUGCUUUUUUGUUUUGCUAAAAUGCUAACACCUUAAAAACAUUUUAAACUAGUUGGUUUAGUUAAUCACAUACAUGCUGCAAAAUAGCAUUUAGUUGUUAUAAUGAUAGAAAAUACCUUGUUUGACUUUAAUCCAAGUAAAUCUUCUGCAGCAGGAUGAUCUAAUUUGACAUAUGUGUAUUUUAUUUUUUAAUGAACUUGUAUGUGGUGCUGUCAAGUAAUGAAACUAAAGUUGUUAGUUAUAGAAAAUAUCAUUCAAUUAUUGUAAAGAUUUACAUUUUAUAAUGGCUUCAUACACAUAAAUUAAGUAUUAUUUCUGAAUGGUUAGGGGGGAAUUUGGCAGCUAUUGCUGAGUUUUGGUCAGUAAAAAACUUCACCAAAUGGCUCUUUUGCGCUAAAGGUUACAGACCCCUGACCUAUAUUGUAUUAAGAGUGAAAAAUAUGCAGUAGGAUUUUUGCAGAAAUCAGCAAACAGGCAAAAAAUGUUAUCACAAUUGUCUUUUCCCCAAAAAGCAUGUAUAAUGUUUUGAAAUCUUGUAAAUGUGAUUUAUUAUGUGAAACAAAUAAAAAAUAUUUUGCAUUUGCAA